AUGCAUUUAUCUAACUCACUGAUCCCUGUAAGUGUAACCAUGCACAGUUAUUUUAAUAUAGAUGGUUUGGAGACUCGAUGAAAGUACAAAAAACUCAUUAACUAUGUUAUUGUCCAGCUUUAUGCAAGAAUUUAGUCAUAUUUCGUGACCGAAUAGCACUAUUCGCUGCAAUGUGCAAAAAUAAAAAUUCUCAAUUUAAACAUUGCUAUUGGUUGUGCGGGAAAAAAUACAAUACACACGUGACGAGAUAGGCCCAAAUUCUUGCAUAAACCGAAACCAACAUAGUUAAUGAGUUAUAUUGUACUUUCAUCGAGUCUCCAAACCAUAUUUUCUAUUAACUGUGGUGUAACUUACCUGCAUGGGAGUUGCAUUUGAUUGGUUAAGCAAGCCGAAUUAGAAAGCGAACACUUGAAUGCCUAAAGCCCUGAUUCCACGAGCGCUUUUUGUCAGCGAAAUGCGAAAUAUUUCGCCUGUUUCUUUUGAAUUGCGACCACUCGAAUAAAUUAUUUCUACUUGAUUGCUCACAAUUCAAAAGAAACAGGCGAAAUAUUUCGCAUUUCGCUGACAAAAAGCGCUCGUGGAAUCAGACCUUAAUAGUAUAUGAAAAUCCACACACUGAAUAUAUAAUCACACAAUAAGAAAUCCGCGAAAUGUUUCUUUCUUACAGGGUGAACCUGGGCUGGAUGGGCUUCCUCGCUUCGAGGUAUGAUAUUACAUAUAUACAAGUGUAUUCACUAAAUAAAAUAUACUUGUGUAUAUAAGUGCGCAUAUAGAUUGAGCAUGUAUGUAUAUGAUUAAUAUGAAUGAAUAAUUAUAUCAUGCCUAAGAUUCGAUCAUAACAUUAACAUGAAAGCAAUUGAAUACCGCCAUGCAUGGGAAUUGUUCAUGCACUUGCAUUCAAUAAUAUCGUAACUCUAAGUAGAAUAAUAAUUUAUAUUAAUACUGUAAAUAGAGAUUACGAUCAUGUCUCUAAAAGCCAAAUAACAGAAUAGGUGUACUGUAACUUUGUAACUACUUAGUACUAAAAAUUAAAAAAAAGUAUAAAUUAGUAUAAAUUGUCGCAACUUUUGUAGCAUGCAGUGACAUGCAGAUAAAUAAUUUACCUGAGUAUGGUCACAAAUCAAGGACUUUAAAAUCUGUUCCAAAAUGUAUUUACUCAGCAUAAAUACCAAAAAUAAACACUUUCUAUUUCGUAUUUACUGUAGUACUCGCUACUUUUUUUUAGGAAUUCAAGGCUUUGUUUAUUCAUGCAUUAACUGACUACCAAGUUACAGAAAAUGGUUACUAUAAUGACCUCUAUCAUGUUACAUCACGUGAUUUGACAGAUGGUAGAAAGGACACUGGUGGUUGGGGCAGCAAAACAGCAAAAGCUGGGAACUACAUUCAAGCAACUUACCUUCGACCAGUCUAUGCCACGUCAGUCAUAGUAGCUGGAGGUUUUAUACCGUCUUGGGGUCAUGACGUCAGACGAGGUUAUGGCAAUCUUAAAUUGGAAUACUCAACUGACAGUGAAAACUGGAAAACGGUAAAUAUCAUUGUGCAUUCAUUGUUAUUAUUUUAGAAUGAAUUUUUUGAAAAUUAUUGAAGAUAUGAACUUUGAAGUAUAUUCAGUUAGGCUGGAACCUAACCAGAUACGCCCGAACUACGAUGCUCCAGCAUCCAAUUGCAUGCUAACGGGAGUAAGCUAUCGCUAUUGUUAUGAGGAUGUAUUUUUAUUUAUAGCACUAAUGAAUUGGACACAUUUUUGAACGUUUUAGCAAAAAUUAUUACGAUUCUUAAAUUAAGGCGGGUUAAGACGCCGUUUGGGCUUUCUACCGAUCCUUCAAAGGUGUAUUAUAUCCUUCAAAUACUUCUAGGAAUUAUUCGAGAAGCCGUCAUGACUCCCCCUCUAAAAACACCCUGGUUAAAAGUUUUCUGUUUAAACAAAAAUGAGCCAUAUGGCAACAAAACUUAUGUUUGUCUAAUUUAAAAGAGCGCUAUAUAAGAUAUCACUAUCUUGAUUUUUGAGACAGUUGGAACCAGGAAUGUGGUCAUAUUUUGAUCAGGACGUGCUGAUUAAAUUAACCAGACAGUCGAGUAAAACCUUUUAUAACUCGAUCAAUAAUCGUUCUGUUUCUAGAUUACUACCUUCCCUUCACCUGUGCUGCAGAAAAAGGUGACUGUAGAAUUUGAAGCUGUUACUGCUCAGUAUUGGCGCCUGACAUCAUCCGAAAAUAAGUGGGUUGGAACAACUGAGUUUGCUUUGAAACCUUUGAAACUUUGA